CUACGGCAGACUAUUACGCACUAUAAACUGGCUCAGCGGAUACAAGCUAUUAUACAGCAAUGGCAUGCACCAAAGAGACGGUUGAAUCCAGCGGCCUGAACAUCUGGUCGAGCGAGGCUGCCACCGGCCCCGCGCCCGUAGUCGACAUCAUCGCGGUCCAAGGUCUUGGCUCUCACGAGUUCUACACAUGGGUAAAGAAGGUACCGUCCCAGAAUGCCGACAAAGCCAGGAGAUUCAGAGACAAGGCACAGUUUUGGAAGGGCAAGAAGCCGCAAGGUAAAUACGGGGAAGAUGGCCCUACAGAGGUCAUGUGGGUCCGCGACUUGCUCGUGCCUAUGUUCAAAGAUGCGCGGAUCGCCACCUAUAGCUACAAAUCAGACUGGAGGGAUCGCACAGUCAAGACCAGCCUACGUCAGUGCGCUGAGCAGUUCCUGAACAUCUUGUCCCAACACAGGCAGAAAACAGAUGAACGCAAAAGACCACUUGUGCUUAUUGGACACAGCCUCGGAAGCAUUGUCAUCCAACAAGCGCUUGUAAUUGCAGUCCAUCAGCCAAAAUUCACCGAUCUACGCCUCUCUAUCGCAGGCGUCCUCUUCCUCGGUGCUCCUUUCCAAGGAAGUGAUGCAGCAGUAUUUGGGAAUUGGCUGGCUCGUUUGUCUCGGCUUGAUACUACCUUAUUGGAGAUCUUGCGCAAGGGCAGUCCGGAUUUAUACGCAUUACAAGAAGAUUUCUGUGGCAGCUAUACCGCUUGGGACCUUGUUUGUUUCUACGAGACGAGCGAUACCAAUUUCGGAGGCUUGUUAAGGACAAACGUUGUGAACCCGCAAUCAGCCAGUUUGCUUGGAAAGCGGAAGAUAUUCCUUAACACUGAUCAUUCUGGACUGAACAAGUUUAGCGGAGUAGAUGAUGAGAAUUUUGCGUUAGUUCUCCCCGAGAUUCGAAGAAUAUUUGAAGAUGGGCCUUCGAUUGUGGCUGAGCGUCAUCGUGCGAAAGAUACCGGCGCUACGAGCUAUGGGAAUCUACACUGGAUGGUGCCCCGUCCUAUGAAUGAUCUAUUUACUGGACGUAGUGAACUUCUACUUCGAAUACAGAAAGCUAUCCACUGUGAUCAGACUUCCUCCCCUAUCAAGCAAAAGAGGUUUGUUAUUACGGGGCUAGGAGGGCAGGGUAAGAGCGAGAUCUGCCUAAUGGUUGCAAGUCGAAUGCGAGUAGAUUUUUGGGGAGUAUUCUGGGUCAACGUCGGCAAUACCUCGACUGCUGAGAACGAUUUUAUCGCUAUUGCAAAACUGCUUGGGCAACCUGUCGAGAGUCUUUGCGAUGCUGUUCGAGUUCUCGCAAAUGCUAAGCGACCCUGGCUCCUUAUUCUUGACAACGCAGAUGACCCAAACAUCGACUACCAGGUAUACUUUCCAUCCGGAACUCAUGGCGCCGUCCUUAUGACAUCUCGUAUUCCUGAUUGUAAACGGUAUAGCCUAGACGCGAAUGAAGCACUCGAGGGCCUUGUAGAUAAGGAUUCUAAAGAACUUCUACUCAAGGCAGCAGAUAUUCCUAAAGAUUCAUGGCCGUCUUACAACGACCAAGCCGAAAAGGUUGUCGAUCUUUUAGGAUCGCACACGCUCGCUCUAAUCCAAGCUGGCGCAUAUAUUGCCAAAGGCCACUGCCAAUUAUACGAAUACCCCAAGGUCUAUGAACGGCAACGGGAGCGGCUCUUAAAGUACCGACCAGAGCAGGCUCAGUCCAGGUAUCACGACGUUUAUACGACCUUCGAAGCAUCAGCCGAGGUGCUCGAGCAGUCCAAAAGCGACGCUGCAAAAGAUGCUCUAUGCUUGCUCACAGUCCUUUCAAUGUUAGACUCUGCCGUUAUUCCUCUUGAGAUCUUUCAGAGCGCAUGGAUUAGUGGCAGAAAAGUCCUUCGCUCUAACUGUGAAAAGACAAGUGCGAUAGAUGCUAUGUCUCGAAGUUACGCUUUGCGAUUACCUGGACUUCUGAUAGAAGAGAGCGACGAAUGGGAUCCUUUUCGUCUAACUGAGGCCAGCUCAAAGCUAGUCUCACUUUCCUUGGCUACGCGACACGAUAUAAACGGUUCUAUGGGAUUAUCAAUGCACCCGUUAACUCACGCCUGGGCCAAAGACCGCCAAGAUCUGGAGCAGCAAGACGCGGCUUGGAUAGCUACUGGUUGCGUUCUUGCACUUUCUCGAUCGAACUCUAUAAUGUGGCAAACUCAAGAGAGGCGUCUUCUACCACACUUACAGUCUUACCUAAACAUCAAGAUUGGAAGAAUACUCUUAUUUGAAUCCAAAGCGCUAGUCAUUCCAAUUCUUCUCACAUGUGGCUGGGCGUUAUUAGACAUGCGACAGGACUCGAGGCUUAGCCAUCUCCUAGAAGACAUGUUUACCGAGCUUAGAAAGAACCCCAAAGAGCCAUUAGAAGAGCUUCUCCCGCUAUAUUUCCUCCAGGCAAGGAGUUUAUUAAAUACUGGAAAAUACAAAAUGGCCGUAGCAUUACUCAAGCAAGUCGUUGAGAUUGAGGGGAGGACGCUAGCAGAGACUCACCCGAGCCGGCUAGCCUCGCAGCAUGCACUAGCUACUGCAUAUGAGGCAAACGGGCAAGUUAAGGAGGCUAUAGCACUGCUCGAGCAAGUCGUUGAGAUUAAGGGAAGAACGCUAGUAGAGACUCACCCAAGCCGGCUAGCCUCGCAGCAUGCACUAGCUAUUGCAUAUGAGGCAAACGGGCAGGUUAAGGAGGCUAUAGCACUGCUCGAGCAAGUCGUUGAGGGAAGAAUCACUUGAUUGAGCUGGGACCGUGAAAGUGGGCAGGCCGGUUUCCGUCGCACUCUGGAAAUCCCCUAUUGCUUCGCUUUGAAGUGGUAUCAGCACAGAAGUGCUUGAUUUAAAAUACUUUCUCUCACUCUAUCAAAUGGAGCCAGGAAGAAUCGUGAAGCGGAUGUCCGUAUCUGCAACUCUCCCUCUCACAUGCAUUCAGAACUUGAAGAUCCUCGCACAUCAUAGCUGAUCAACACUUGCCGUUUUGGGUGGCGAAUUUCUGUGUUUCGCUCCAGCUCAAAACUGAACCUACUUUAAAUAACGCAAACAAAAAACAGGAGAGGG